CCGAAAAUAAUUAUUUUCAACUCUUCCCAAAACAAAAAAGAAAAGGGCGGUUGGAAUUUGGAAAUGGCUACCAGUUCCAGAUUCCUCUUCACAAACGGCGUCAUUUCGCGAACUUCCGACACGCCGCCGGUAUCAACCUUGCUCGAAGCCCAUUCAGGAGCUUACACAACCUCUCGCACUCACAACAACACUUCAUGCCUCCUCUUUUGGGAAAGACAUCUACAGAGACUGGCCGAGUCCACGAGAAUUCUAUACAACUCGAAACCGGGAUUUUUGUUCAAGUCCAACAAGCCUAUGCCUUCUUUGUUGCCUUUGUCAGUGUGGGACUCGGUGAUUCAGUCUCUAGUUCAUGAUUCCAUGAAUAAAGCCAUUCCAAUUGUCUUGAAUGAGAGGAGGAGUGGCGGUGAAUUGGCUAUUACUACUCUUGUUAGUGGGAAUUUCGAAAAAUUGAGCGAAAAUGAGAAUGUGGAUGAAGAAAGAAUUUCUCAGAUUCUUGAUGUGUAUUUACAUGUGGGAAGUUAUGUUCCUCCUGUGUUUGGUGUCCGAGAAAAUUGUGCAAAGCUGGCUGUGGUAGGUCCGGGGAGGGAUGUUGCUAUGGCAAAGUAUUCAGAUUGGCUGAGGCUUAGGAAGCCGUUGGAGAAGUUAAGGCCUGAUUUAGUUACAGAGCUCUUGUUAUCAAAUGAUGGUGAUCAGAUCCUUGAAGGCUGUAUAACAAAUUUUUUUGUCGUUUGCCGCGAGGAUAGCAGUGAAGUAAAGGCAAAAAACCUACAUGAUUAUGGAAGUACAUCUUCUUUCGAAGUACAAACUGCACCUUUAAGUGAUGGUGUUCUUCCAGGAAUCAUUCGGCAAAUAGUCAUUGAAGUAUGCUUGAGCAUGGGAAUUCCACUUCGAGAAGUUGCGCCUUCAUGGUCAAAGUGUGAACUCUGGGAAGAGGCAUUCAUUACAAAUAGCUUGAGAGUGAUGCAGCAUGUGGAGACAAUUCAAGCUCCAAGUUCAUGGGAACAGCUGGAGUCAAAUAAUUGGAAGGAGGUAUCAUGGGAGGAAAAGAGAUUUAAGGAGGGUCCUGGGAUGAUCACAGCAGUAAUCCAGAAAGAGAUCAUGGAGAAAGCAAGCCUUGAAGGGUUCCCAAUGAGCAACUUUAUUUAAGAGAUGAAAUGCUUACAUCGUCUAUUAUUUUCCUGGGGAAGCUGAAGAGAAAAUGCGGAUUUGCCGACAAUCUGGGGGGCCUAGCGUCUUGCCUGCAAGCACAACUUCAAAAUUUUCCAAGCAUACCGUGUUUCUUUCAUGUAUUGGAAGCUUUUUUGACAUGUAGCCUGUGUUUGCCGGAAAUAAAUUGUGAUGAAGACCUUGUAUAAAAAGAUCUUUCAUUCUUCCC